UACACACCUCACUUCACGUAAAUACGCUCUCUUCCUCGUGUAAACUACCAGAUUUGUGGGUCGCCGCCUGGAGAGUUUCAUCCUGCUGCAGAAGUCCUCCUGAACACUAUGGGGAAAAUCGAAUGGGCGAUGUGGGCCAAUGAGCAGGCCCUGGCUUCAGGUCUCAUUCUCCUCACUGGAGGGAUCGUGGGUGUGAGUGGCUUUUUCAGAGGCUGGCAGUUUGCUGCAUAUGCAAUUGCAGCUGGAGUGUUUGUGUGUCUACUUGAGUAUCCCAGAAGCAAGAGGGCCAAAGGAACAAGUGUGGAGAGAACGGGCCAGUACUGCUUCACGGUGUGUGUAAAAGCCUUUGGACCACUGACAAGGAACUACUACGUUAGGGCAUUUUUGCAUGCAGCAAUCUCCGUGCCUGGGGGGUUUAUGCUGGCUACUGUCCUCGGAUGUGUCUGCCUUGGCAUCGCCAGCCUCAUCUACCUUGCAGCAGCCAUCAGAGGUGAACACUGGGAGCCCAUCCUUCCACGAAAGGACACCAGGAAGCCAGUUGCAGAGAGUAUCAAGAAUCCUCCGCAGAAUCCACCACCAAGACCUCCUGCAGAGAUGCGCAAGAAGAUCGGCGACCUGGAGGGCGCAGCCUAUGACAACCCCAUCUCUGUUACUGAUGAGUAACCCGCCCCCACUCCCCCCAUCGAAACCAGACGCAACCACACGUUGUCGGGUUUUGUGAGGCUGGAUGAACAAAUAGUUUUCUGAAGUUUAGUGAAGCUAGUUGCUAGCUGGUACACACCUUCACACCUCAACUUACAUAGGAGAAAAUCUGAAGUGAAUGUCAUAAAUCUUUUAAUAAAAAGCACGGCUCAGGAGAUAAUUGUAAAUGCUAUAGCUGCUAAGUGUCGACCACGAACAAAUAUUCUGAAUUUAGACAUCUAUACGGAUGUUGUCGUUCUAAUAAAUGUUCAAACAACCCUGUUUUCUGCCCCAACCACCGCGUGUUUUGAGUUGCACCCAUGUCAUUGUGUUGCUAUGUAUAGACCUUAAAAUACUUUUGAAUUAUGUUCUUAAUCCCUGUGUAUUUGUAUACUUCUUGAAGGUGAAUGAUCCAGCAGUACUGAUUACACAUUACUGAUGCGUAGGGUCAAGUUUGAUAGAUCAAAUAGACUUAUUAUUUUGUGGUUGUCUUGUAAAUAUUUCCGUAGUAUCAAUAAAACAUGACCUUUGUACUUUCUUAAUGUA